UUGUUGCAAUUGCAAUUAGUUUACAACUUACAAGGUGAAGCUGAAGCUAGUAAGAUUAUGAAUUUUGUUCCCAGGUUCGUAUUUCGAUUUCAUCCCCAAAUAUGCAAAACGAGGGUUUUGAGUAACGCACUGUAUUUGUCGAAACCAAUGAGUUUUUCAACUAAAUAUGGGAAGCUGAUAAAUGAUAAUGUGUCAGGAGCAUUUUAUUUACCUAUUGGAGAUGGAACUGAGAUGGGUGCCAUUUUGUAUGAAAAACAGAAAGGUGGACUUUUAAAUCUCCAUCACACUGAAGUUCCUCCGCACUUGCAAAACAAUGGAAUUGGACAUGAUUUGGCCAAAGAAGUCUUUGAAUACUGUUCAGCUCGAAAUUUGAAGGUUCUCCUCACCUGCGAGUUUCUUCAGAAGUACAUAGAAGAAAAUCCUAAAUACAAAGAUUUGGUAGUGGUUCGCGAAAAAAUGAAUGUGUAAACCUGCUUCUAGAAUUGAAUUACAUAGGUCUACUGUUUUCAUUGUGUCGGUUUAUGUUUAGUUUCUGUGCAUUUGUUUUAAUAACUAAUAAUAUUCUUUACAUACUGGAACACUAAGUGCUAACAUGGAGAGUGACUGGAUUGAAUAUUAUUGUCGAGAUAAACUAUUUACUAAGGUGAUAGAAGUGGCCCAGAAGAGUGGUGGAGAUGCAAAGUGGAGGUUUUACCGUGGUUUGGCCCUGGUUUUGUGGGAUAAAACUGUAGAAGGGAUCAACUUUUUGGAACCUCUUCUAUCACAUUCUGAAUUCGGUUUAGCCUCUGCCCAUCUAAGCCUGAUUGCCCAUCAGUCUUGUGAGGAUGUGGACAAAGAUGCUGUAACCCACCUGGAGUGGAAGGUAGAGGAGGGUAGUGGGGCCAAUGAGAGAAGUUUGCAGUAUGCAGCGGCUGCGCUGUUGCAUGCUGGGUCUCUUGAUAAAGUACGCAACUAUGUGGACCGCUUGUUGCGCCUCAACUCAGCUUCUGCAGACUCCCUUGUACUAAGUGGCUGGUUUGAGCUUUACACCGACAACAAGAGAGGAGCUGCACGGGCUUUUAAGGCUGCUCUAAACUUGGACAAUACCAAUGUGGAGGCUACUCUGGGAGAGGUGACAACUCUGGCUCCAGCUGAUGCAAUAUCUCGUCUCAAUCAGUUGAUAGUCCGCUAUCCCAAGUGUGCCCCACCUCUGGUAGAGAAGAUGAGACUCCAGCUGUCUGUCAGAGACUGGCCUCAAGCCUUGGACACUGCUGCAAGGGUUCUCACCUUAGAGUCUACCAACCUAGCUGCACUAGAGUUGCGAGCCCUGCAUCAUCUGGUGGUGGAAGGGAGCCACACAGAAGGGUUGGUAGCACUGCGCAGGUACAGGGCAGAGCUGGAGGUAGUAGGGGGUGAGGAAGCACUGGUUUCUGCAGCUCAGCUGUUCUCUCGCAUCUGUAGUCGUCACUCACAACUGCUAGUUGAGACCUCGGCAAUGGCAGAAAAAGCUAAUGAGAAUAAGUUUGGAAGCGCACAAGCCCUGUUGGAGUUGGCAACACAGCACAGACUAUGUGGCAAGUUGGCUGAGGCAGGGAAACUAUACCGUCAAGUUACAAAGCUGAACCCGACAGGCACAGAGUCACUCACAGGAUUGACAGCAACUCAGCUGGCUCAGUCUGGACCUACUGAUCAGGUUCUACAACAAGUAGAGUUCCUGAUGGAGGUUUGUGGUUCCUCUCCCACCCCUGAGCUGCUACUGUUGAAGGCCCAAUGUCAGCCCAAUGCUGCCACUACGCUCGACACACUCGACCAGGCCGUGGCUCUAGUACACUCGACAGCUGCACCCAAGCCGUACGGUCCACACUACUUACGCUCCUUGAAUCCAGAUCUGCUGUUACAACUUGUUACUCAAUAUCCAGAAAGUAAAGAAGGUCUGCAUAAGAGAGUGAGUGUUCUGAGGCAGUUGGUUGAGGCAUGUCCUGGACUGACUAGUGUAUCACUGAGUCUAGCACGAGCCUACACCACGCUGGGGGACCACAGCAAGGCUACACAGACAGUACAACACGUCUUAACACGUGUGGACUCCACCAACACUGAGGCACAUCUCAUACUAGCACAGAUACAUCUGGCACAGGACCAAUUCAAUGAAGCCAACAGCAGCCUGGAGCUGGGGCUGAGCUACAACUUACAAGUGAGAGAGAGGCCGUUGUACCAUGUGUUGCUGGGAGCCAUACAACGUUACCAUGGCGACAACACUGGCUGUGUACAGUCUAUGAGAACUGCUCUGCAACUCAACAAGGGUGAUGCAUCUCUGUCCAUGUCUGAGCUGGGGACGUUGUACUUGGAGAUGGUGGCAGCUUUGACAGCAGACAAUCAUGCAGAAGAGGCUUCACAAGUACUACGAGAGGCUCAGGACAGACUAUCAGGGUCAGACCAGGAAUGCAGACUGACAGUAGCUCGAGCACAGUUGGCUUCAGUCAGAGGUGACCACAUGGCAGCUCUAGCUCUGCUCGGAACAAUCAUGUCUGAUCAUGCCUACUUCCUGCAGGCUCGGAAAAAGAUGGCAGAGAUUCAUCUGCACAAGCUGAAAGAUGGGAGGGCAUUUGCUGAAUGUUACAAGGAGUUGGUUAGUCAGAAACCAUCCACGGAGAACCUCAUUCUGCUGGGUGAUGCUUACAUGGCCAUUCAGGAACCAGAGCUUGCAGUGGAAACAUAUGAAAAAGCUAUGAAAAGUUCAUCAUCAGAUCCCAAACUGUCUGCUCAGCUUGGCAAAAUCUUAGUGCGGACACAUCAGUACGGCAAGGCAAUCAAAUGCUUCAAAGAUGCAGGGACAGAAGGCAGUAUGGAGUUGGCCCAGCUGUUAGUCAGACUUGGACAGUUGGAAGCUGCAGAAGCAACACUAUCAUUGCUGCCCAAUCCACAGAAAGCUAUGUUGCUGGCUAAGGUAAAAGAAAAAUCUGGAGAUAUACCUGGUGCAAUGCAAGUAAUCAAGGAGUCACGAGAAGGGCUGGGACCAUCUGAGGUGACACUCAAUGCUAAGAUGUGUGCUCAACUGGCGGAGUAUGCAAGUGCAUCGCGCGACCACGACACAGCUAUCAGCUAUUACAAGCGGGCUCUACAAUACAAGCCUAAAGACACCCGAGUGGAGAUUGCACUAGCCAAGCUCUAUAUGCAGGUCAAUGACUGGAGCUCAUGCCAGUCGCUCUGCUCGUCCUUGCUCAGCAGAGACCCUGAUAAUGAGCCGGCACUGCUGAUGUUGGCAGACCUGGCAUAUCGCAGAGUUGACUACCAGGACGCAGCUUCUCACUUCUCUGCACUGCUGGCUCGUCGACCGGACCACUGGGUGGCAUUGGCCAGACUCAUUGAGGUGAAGCGGCGCACGGCCCAACUGUCAGAUGCAAAGCCUUUCCUAGAGGCAGCUGCAGAGACUGCUGCUGGGGAGCCUGGUCUGAGCUACUGCACAGGUUUGCUGGACUGGUACAGUGGAGACGUGAACAGUGCCUUGCAUCACUUCAACAACGCGAGAGGUGAUGGAGAGUGGGGACAGCAAGCUGUUCAUAACAUGGUGGAGAUAUGUCUGGCAGGGGAGGAGCCAGGCACAGGAACAGCAACACGACUACUGGCUCAGAUGAGACCUCACUCUGGGGACGAGGAGAACAGUGUGAGACUGCUGCACAACCUAAUACUACUGGCCUCCAGGGACAAACAGGACGUGGACCUGGCGAUGACUGACCUCACCCAGCUGGCUCAGCAGGAGACACUCAGGGUGGGUGCCACAUACGGUCUGGGCACAGGGUAUAUGAUGCAGAAGCAGGUGGCUCGGGCUCGGAACAUCCUCAAGCGAGUGGCCAAGGCAACAUGGACAGUGGAGGAAGCUGAGUAUUUGGAGCGAUGUUGGCUGUUAUUGGCUGACUUGCAGGUGCAGGCUGGCAAACACGACGCAGCCUCCGAACUGCUACGACGCACACUCACACACAACCAGGGGUGCCACCGCGCACGCCAGCUCCUAGCACUCAUAGCGGAGAAGGAGCAAAAGUAUUUAGAGGCAGGCCUGCAGUACAAACAGGCAUGGAAGCUGAGUGGGAAGAAUGACCCAGCCUUGGGAUUUAAACUUGCAUUCAACCAAGUGAAGGCCAAGCGAUACGCAGAUGCUAUCAGCACUUGCCACGCUGUGCUGCAGCUCAACCCAGACUACCCUCGGAUACGUAAGGAGAUCUUGGACAAGGCCAUGAAUCAUCUGCGCACUUAAGGUUUUCUCAAGACCAGUAUAUAGCAGAUCACAUGUUUAGGUUCAAUCACUUGAAGAUCUUCACACAGCACAAGCAUAUUUUGGCUCUCAUAAUGUGAUUCUUGGAUUUAACAACCGUGAAUAAUGUGUACUGUCUCACAAUGUAUAGAACUGUUGUAUUACAACAUGCCUAUUGUUAGUUUCAUUUGCUGAUAGACAAACUUUUCUCCUACAUUGUUCUAUGAUGUUUGUCAAAAGCAGUCAGCUGUACACAAAUGAUAUGAUCUUUGUAUAUUUCAUGUGUGGUAACAAUGUAAUAUCACUCAUAUACCACGUAAAACCACUAAUAUUACUGACUACUCAUUUAAUAAGAAAAUUGCUCAGAUCUACCACAAUGUGUGUUAUACUGCAAUUGUAUACAUCAGAUUCAAUUCACAGUUCACACUCAAGAGUGAUUGUGCAAUUAGUUUACAUUCAACUAUAGCAGUAACAAGUUAUCAGUAUCAACUAUAGUAGUACGCCUCUUAUGUUGUCAAAUUUCAUUGAACAUGACAAGAGUUGUUAAAAAACAUGUCAUAAUUUUGUAGGAUCAUUAAUAGUAGGCUAAUGAGUGUAAACCCUACCAAGCAACAAUAAUCAAUAUGGUUCAAAUAAUCAGACGCUUAAACUAUAAAGUAUUAUUUUUAUAAAAUACUGUUACGCAAUUAGCAAAAACUUAUUUACCAAACACAAAUAAUAAACUAGUUUUGUAUACACAACCUUUUUGACACUAUUAGUAGUCUUCAGGACAUUUUCUUAGGUUGCCUAUGCCCGCUUCAAGUAGUUGUUACAUGUGUUAGAGAAGCCUAAUCAUUAGGGCCUAAUGUAAAAUUUUUUUUAUUUUUGUGUAUUAUCUCUCAAAAGGUCACUAAGGUCCAAGUUAGAUGAAAAGGUCACUUAGUUAUUUCUUAUGCAAUGUUUCCAAAAAAUUGGCAGGGUUUCAAAUGUCUAAAUAACAGAUUGUCAAUGAAGAUUUGCCAUUUUUUAUAUAUAUAUGUAUAUACUCUGCCUCCCACCCUCAAUUUAAGAGUUUCCAUAUUAAUUAUCUGAUUUAAAAAUAUCUAGCUAAUAUCAUUGAAUAAUAGUUACCGGUACCUUAUUUCAUUAAAAAAAUUUAUAUAAUUAAAAACAUUCACAAAAAAAAUUCCUUUUGAAAGUACACUUGUAAAAAGUAAAGCACAAUACAUAAAAUUGAUUAUUAUUAAGACUUGUAAUUUUUUUUUAAUCUGUUCAGUUAAAUUGUCCUAAGUUCAAAUUUGAAAAAGAAAAUGUUGAUUAAUAUGUUAUUUACCUACUCCAACUAAUAUUUUACACGCCAAUAACCAAUGUUUCUCCAACUGUGCAGUAGAUGAUGAAUGACAAUAGUUCCGUCCAAGUGAGUGCCAUCAGUUUAAAACUAAACGAUUGCUACUGGUUACUUCCAAACAAUACGUUAAAUGUUUUAUGAUAUUUUAAUUUAUAUUUACAUAAUGUUAUGAUAUUUUAAAACUAAAAUACGUUCUAAAAUAGGUAUUUUACAUCAAUUGGAAUUCAUAUGUAACUAUUGACUUGGGUUUCUUUCAAAUGACAGUCACAACACCUGAUGCUUGGGCGAGUGCACUAUUGUUUUAAUAUCAACGUUAUGAUUCAUAAAAAUGCAAUUUAUAAAAAUUGGUGUAAAAUAUUGGAUAAUAUAUUCAACGUAAUCCGGAGGCUAACAUCAACAAUGCAAUUUAUAAGUAUAAAGAAAAAUAUUUUUAAUCAAAUUCAAACAGAGUAUUUUAUAGUUCAACCAGAUCUUUUAUACCUUUCUUUAGUAAUUUUUGAAAAACUUCCUAAUAAAAUAGUGAUGAAGGACAAUCAACAUUAUUAUGUUAACAAGUUAACAAUUUCUUUUAAAACUAGAUUAACACAAACUAUAGCUGACGGAUGUGGAUAUCUUUCUAGCGUUACAAAUAUUUGACAUAAAACUACUAUGGUAAAUGGCAAGAAUCGCUGUUCAAGUUUUUGAUAAGGACAUUGUGUUCUAAGUCACUGUAGUUAUUUUUUUAGUCCAUUAUUAUAAACAACUUUUAUUAUAACAUUAUUUAAAGGUUGUCAUGAAAUGUGUUACCAUAUACAGUAGGAUCUUUUUUAGCUAGAAGCAGUUAAGUUAUGGUGGAUUAUCUUUAAUUCUUUAUCUGUAGUUCGAUCAUGUGUCAUCAUCGUCUACGUUCAACGACGUGAUAAAACAACUGCAGGAUGAGGUGUUAAAGCUUCACAAAAAGGUCGAAGAAAUCGACGGAAAACUGGUCGAAAAAACUGAUGAGUUGGAGCAAUACCAACGGCGCAAUAACGUCCGGAUAUUCGGGAUAAAAGAGCGCGACAAUGAAGAUACAGACGCUCUGGUGACUGAAAUCUGCCGCGAAAAGCUCGGGAUCGACCUUCCGGUAGACGCCAUCGCGAGAUCACAACGAGUCGGCAAACACCAGGAGGCGGGAGAAGACGGCCGACCUCAUCACCGGGGGAUAAUCGUAAGGUUUACCUCCUAUCGAGCUCGGCGGAUGGUGUACCAGGCGAAGAAGAAACUGAAGGGGACCGGUGUCGUUAUCAGGGAGGACCUGACUCAUCUUCGCCAACAAGUAUACAACAGGGCGGUGUCGUUAUAUGGGAAGACGAGCGUCUGGACCCAGGACGGCAGAAUUCUCUGGAUCGAUGGCAACGGCAAAAAGGAGGUGGCUACGCAGUUGAGGGACCUACCUGCUCGGCCGCCUGACAACACCACGGACAGCACUGAUAAGAACACGUAAUUUGAACUAUAAUAUCAAUCAUACAAGUUUUACAAGUAAAGUACUUUUUUCUUUAACUUAAAAUAUCAAUACGUUUUACACAAUGUUUAAUCAAGAUUUCACAGUUUUACAAGUUGAAUUUUUAAUGAAAGUUGUUUUUAAGUUGGAAGUUCAAGUUAUUUAUUAUUUUGUUUUACUAUCAUUAUUUAGGAUUUUGUCACAGUUGAGUAUUGUUACAAAUGUGAAUAUGACGUAAACAUUAGCUUACUUAGUUUAUUUUUAUUUUUAUUAAUUUAUUUUUUGUAUACUUAUUUAUUAAACAAAAUUAGAAAUUACUAGAUUCAUUGCCAGAUCACGGCAUAUCAAUGAUAAUUAUUUCAAAUGCUUAUACUGUAAUACCAAUCAUUAUUUUAAUUUAUAUAAAACCAUGACAUUCGUAUUUUAAAUAACUACAUUUAUCAUACAUUUACUAUAUACAAUUAUUAUUAUUAUUUGUUUUAUCACAUGUAUUUUAUUUUAGUAUAGGAUUCGAUCCCUGUUUUAAAAGCCUGUUUAAAAUUUUUAGUUCACUUCAAUUUGUGUACAUUUAAUUUUGAAUAAGGACCUGAAAGCUAAUCGUGUUUGUUCGUCAGUAAUGAAUGCUAAAGUUUUUCUCUAUAAUAGCUUAGAUAUGUUAAUUACUGUGUGUUAUAUCCCCGAGUAUGUGUGUGUCUGUGAAUGUGUCUAUUGCAGCUACGCCGGUGCGCGUCGUUGAGAGCUCCCAAGCCCAAACAAAAACUUAUCUCUUACAGAGAUUUUAGAAAUUUUAAUGAAGCAAAUUUUUGUCUGAUGUAAAUUUAACACCUUGGCACUCCAUACCUACAUACUCUGGAGUCAGUUGAUGAUAUGGUCGAUUCACUUAAUGAAACCAUUUUAAAAUUAUAUGACAAGCACGCUCCAAUUGUCAACCGUAGGGUUAGUAAAAGUCGAUCCGUUCCUUGGAUUAGUGAGGAGAUCAUUGGCGUAAUGGCUCGGCGGGACUCAGUCCAUCGCAGAGCCAAAAGAACUAGGGAUCAGGGGCUCAUGGCCCACUACUGCCAGCUUAGAAAUCAAGUAAAACAACAUUUACUUAUUGCUCGACUCCAAUAUUUUCAUAGAUUGUUUUCUGAAGGAAAGCAAUCCUCUGCUGUUUGCUGGCGUAAUCUAAAACGUUUUGGAUUUGGAAAGCAAGUUAAAGUUGUUCCCAUAUCAAUUCCCUUGAACGAUUUAAAUAAUUAUUUUUUAUCAGUUUCAUCACAGGCAAACGGUACAAUAAUUCAGAACCAUUUAACUGAGUUAAAAUUAUGUCCCUUGCCAAAUUCCAUCACAAAAUUUAACUUCAAGCCAAUAUUGCAAAUUGAUGUUUUGAAGGCUAUAAGGCGGUUAACGUCUGACGCCACUGGUUCUGACAGAAUCCCAAUUUCUUUAAUUAAACGAAUCUUGUUUGCUCUCCUUCCAACAUUAACUUUCAUAUUUAACACUUCACUAAGAUCAGGUAUUUCCCAGAAAAGUGGAAGUCUGCGCUUGUCCGUCCCUUGAAUAAAAUCUCAUCCCCAUCUCUCCCGCAAGACUACAGACCAAUUAGGAUUCUUCCCGCCCUUUCUAAAGCACUAGAAAGAGUCAUUUACUCUCAAGUUUCUGAUUUCUUGGCACAAAAUAACAUCCUCAAUAGCUUUCAAUCAGGUUUUCGUAAAUCAUACAGCACUGAAACAGCAAUGCUUCAUGUAACUGAUGACAUACGAUUUGCUAUGGAUCGCAUCCAAUGUACUAUCUUAACAUUAUUUGACUUUAGUAAAGCCUUCGAUACCGUAAACCAUAGCAUUCUCCUAGCCAAACUCCAACUUUUAGGUUUUUCUGAUAAUUCACUAAAAUGGAUGAGAUCAUAUCUUCAGAGCCCAAAGCAGUGUGUGUGUCAUGACAACUUGACGUCCGACUGGAGACAUGUUCCCUGCGGAGUUCCCCAGGGUUCAAUUCUUGGUCCUCUGCUUUUCACCAUUUAUCUCAAUGACAUCAAUACAGUUCUACACCAUGUAAAGUUUCAUUUGUACGCUAACGACUUGCAAAUCUUUUCUCAUUUUAAAGUGAGCGAUGUAAGUGAAACUAUACACUUGAUGAACCACGACAACGACAGAAUUGUACAAUGGGCAGAAAGGAAUGGACUUAGACUCAAUGCUGACAAGACAAAGCCAAUCAUCAUAGGUCACACACGGUUACUCAACAAAGUGGACUUAAACAUUUUACCAAAAAUCACUGUAAACGGAACCACUUUGCAAUACCAGGACAAAGUAAAAAGUCUUGGUUUGACUUUAAACCGAACAUUGGACUGAACUGACGCUGUGGUAAGCACUUGUAAAAGAGUGUUUGCCGCUGUGCACACACUGAAGAAGAUGCAACGACUUCUACCUUUUCACAUUAAACUCUUACUGGUCAAAUCACUCGUGUUUCCACACUUCAACUACUGCAACACUGUGGUUAAUGAUAUGACUGUGGUUUUGGCAACAAAAUUACAAGUACAAAAUUAUUGUGCUCGAUUCUUGUUCAAUCUUAGGCGUGAUGACCAUGUCACACCCUAUUACAUUAAUGAAUCAAUUUUGAAAUUAGAAGACAUCAGAAAAAUAAGAAUACUUUUCAUUACUCAUUCGGCCAUCAAUCUUGGAAUUCCAAAUUAUCUUGCAAAGAAUUUUAAAUUUUUGAAUGAAAGAGGCGCAAGGGAUACCCGCUCUGGCUCGUCCACGCUUUGCAUUCCUCAUCACAGAACAACUGUUUAUAACAAAUCAUUUUUAGUAACAGCAUGCCGCCGAUGGAACUCCAUACCUUUUCACGAUAAAUCCAUAGAAAACCGAUCCCGACUGAUGGUGACGCUGAAAGGAUAUUACCUUGACCGGAUGGCCGUGGCUUGGCGGGAUGGCGUGUGUUAGGCCUAGAUGCAACAGAGGGUGUACGUGUGUGUGUGUGUGUGUGUGUGAAUGUAUGUUAGGGAAGAUUAAAUAAAUUAUGAUAUUUUAUAACUUGUUUUGUUACAAACUGUGUUGUAUUUUUGUUAAUAUUUUGUUGUUAUCAUUAGUUUUUUAGAGGUUAACUGUAAGAAAGGACCAUGAGGUCCUAAGUUCGCCUCAAUAAAGAAGGAUUUUCAUUUCAUUCAUGUGUUCAAACAUGUCAAAUUUUGAGGUUAAAUCAAAACAAACAUAUUGGCAUAUUAUAUCUAUUUCUAUAUCUAUAUCUAUAUACUUAUUUAAUACGCAAGCAGGUUUUUUUGUGACAAUUACUCCUCCGAAACUACUGAACCGAUUGACAUGUUUUUGGUGUCAUUGAAAAGAGCGUAACAUAAAGUUGUGCAGGAAACUUUCUUUUUAGGGAAAUAAUUAGAGAGUGAGGCCCUGGGGCCCUUUAAAGUUUCAUAUUUCUCCAUAAGAUUAACAUGGGAAACAAACAUUGUUAUAAAACUCCAGCUGUUGUCAGAAAUUAAAAGUGAGAAGAAGAACAUAUGUUAAAUGUAAACAGUCAAUGUUAAGUUUGCUAAUUUAACAGUUUGCUACAUUAGUCUGGUUGCAGGUCAAAAAACCUGGAAGUAAGGUCCACCCGAUGUUUUUUAGUGGUUUCUGUUUCUUCAAGACCUACAUAAUUAAAAUAGGCAGGGUGCCACUUUGUCACCCUUGAGCAAAUUGAGAUAUUCAAGAUGGCGGCCAAGAUGACUUAAAAACUAUACAGGGUCAGUAAAAAGUGUGGAGACCCGCUGUUAUUUUUUUAACGGCCCAUACUAGAAAAACUAAACUCGGCACACCAUUAUGGCAUGUUGUGAAGUACUUUUUGGGCAUAACCGCCACUUGGUGUUCAUCCCCAAAAUGGGGGAUUUUGGGGGAAACUCAAAAAUUUCAAAUACAAAGACCCAUUGAGUGACCCCUCAUUUUAAAGGUCCUGGUAAAAGAAAACCAACAACGCAAAUUAGAGGUCUCUAUCUCAGUUUAGUAAAAAAUGGCAGCCAAUUAAAAUUCUCAUAAGUUCCCAAACUCAAAAAGGGGGAUUUUGGGGUAAACUCAAAAAUUUUAAAUGAUAAGCCCCAUCGAGUGACCCCUCAUUUUGAAGGUCAUAAUUAAAGAAAACUAACAACGCAAACUAUAGAUCUUUAUCUUAGCACAGUAAAAUAUGGCAGCCAAUUGAAUAUAAAAUUGCAAGUUAUUUCUGAUUUCUAAAGAUUUCAAUCAGCUUCCAUUUUUUACUGGAUUAAGAUAGAAACCUCUAGUUUGCGUUGUUAGUUUUCUUUAACCAGGACCUUCAAAAUGAGGGUCGUCACUCGAUGGGGCUUAUCAUUUUAAACUUUUGAGUUUCCCCCAAAAUCCCCCAUUUUGGGUUUGGUAAGCAAAAGGCUAUUAGGCUUAAAAAACUUCAUAACAUGCCAAAAAGGUGUGUAGAGUUUAGUUUUCCUAGUGUGAGCCGCUACAAAAUUUAAAGGGGGUCUCCAGAUAUGGAAAGCUGUAAGUUAAAUUUAACUUCUGAGAAUUUCAAUUGGCUGCAAUUUCUUACUGGAUUGAGAUAAAGACCUCUAGUUUGCGUUGUUGGUUUUCUUUUACCAGGACCUUCAAAAUGAGGGGUCACUUGAUGGGUCUUUGUGUUGGAAAUUUUUGAGUUUCCCCCAAAAGUACACCAAGUGACUGACGGUUAUGCCCAAAAAGUACUUCAUAACAUGUCAUAAAGGUGU